AUGGGUUUGAGAAGAACAUCGUUGGUUUUAUUCAUCCUCUUCAUCUUUCAUCUUUUUCACAAUUUUACUUCCGUUAGCUCACGGCCUUCCUCAGUUGAUACGAACCAUGAGACUCUUCCUUUCAGUGCCUCGAAGCCAGAUGUUGUAGGGUUUGAAGGAAAGGCUCGGGAGUUAGCUGUCGUUAUCAAAAGAGGAGGCGGUGGAGGACGCGGUGGUGGCGGCGGCGGUCGAAGCCGGUCAAGCGGCGGCGGGGGACGUGUAAUUCCGGUUCAUGGUAGAGGUACUGGUACUGGUGGAUCGCAUGGUUCAAGCGGCAGCCGGAAUCUUCGAGGGGCAGUGUGUGCGCUCGCUUGUCCGGUUUCGUUUGGUAUUAUGCCUUAUGAGAUUGAUUUGGGCAAACGCUCACGGCCUUCCUCAGUUUCUACGAACCACGAGACUCUUCCUUUCAGUGCCUCAAAGCCAGAUGUUGUAGGGCUUGAAGGAAAGGCUCGGGAGUUAGCUGUCGUUAUCAAAAAAGGAGGCGGUGGAGGACGUGGAGGCGGCGGCUGCAGCCGGGGAGGAGGAGGAGGAGGAGGAGGUGACGGCAGUGGUUCCAGCAGGGGAGGAGGAGGCAGCGCUCGAAGCCGAUCACGCGGCGGAGCAGGAGUGAUCAUUUAUCCUGGUGGACGGCAUUCUCAUCAUUCAAGCGGCAGCAUGAGUCUUCAAGGGGCAGUGUGUGCGGUCGGCUGGUUGAGUUUAUCGGUUUUAGCCGGUUUUGUCUUGGUUUAG